UUUCGCCUUAAAUUCACUUAAAAUGAUGGGAGUGAUUGAGAAUAUAGUUUAGUAUCAGUGUUCUUUCUUCAUUGUUCUUCAUUUAAUGCAUUGUUUUCUUGCUCCUAUUACAUACACCCUCGCGAGUCGACUUUGGAGUAGAAUAUAUUUGUAAAUAAUACAAUCAGAUGUUUGUGACAUGUGGUUAGUGGUAACUCAACAUUGUUUAAUGAACUUAUUUACUGUUAACAUUGAAAGCAAUUUACUUAUUUCUUAUUUGCUUAUUAUACCAUUAAUUUAAGAACUAAAAAAUUAACAUGAAUAAAGUGUCUGUCAAAGAUGAAAAUUAUCCUGAUGAACAUCCCAAAAAUUUGAUUCCUGAAUUGUUAAAGCAGUUUUAUUAUCUAGGAUGGGUUACAGGAACAGGGGGUGGAAUUAGCAUAAAACACGAGGAAAAAAUUUAUAUAGCACCAUCCGGUGUUCAGAAAGAAAGAAUAUGUCCAGAAGAUAUGUUCGUUCAAAAUAUCCAAGGGGAAGACCUAGAGCUUCCCCCAUCACAUAAAAAACUCAAAAAAAGUCAGUGCACUCCCUUGUUUAUGUGCGCAUAUGUACAAAGAAAUGCGGGCGCAGUUAUUCACACUCACUCAAAAUUUGCCAUGUUAAUUACUUUGGCCUACCCCGGUAAAGAAUUUAGAUGUUCGCAUUUAGAAAUGAUAAAAGGAAUUAAAAAUCAAAAACUCGGAAGAAAUUUAAGAUAUGACGAAGAGCUUGUGGUUCCUAUAAUUGAAAAUACUCCUUUUGAAGAGGAUUUGAAAGAUAGAAUGGCAGAAGUUAUAAAAGAAUAUCCGGAAACCUGUGCUGUUUUAGUUCGAAGACACGGGGUAUAUGUUUGGGGUGACACUUGGCAGCAAGCAAAAACAAUGACUGAAUGUUACGAUUACCUUUUCGAUGUCGCAUUACAGUUAAAAGCGAUGGGAAUUAACCCCAGUACAACUCCUGAGCAAUAUGAGAUUAAAUAUCAAAUCGAAAAUAAAAAUAAAUAAACGCAAAAAGUUUUCAUUAACGAUAUAUUUUGAUAUGUAUUUUCAUAGUCGAUAUUACUGUUUUAGAUCUUUAUUGGUAUUUUAUGCUUUUUAUUUUUAUUUUUUGAGAUAAUAAAACAAAUUAAGUAAAA